GUCGCACGACCGGGCCGGUGCACUGGACACUGUCGUCAACCCGAGCAAGUCUUAGCCCACGAUGCCCCCGACUCCAGCGACGGUCGGCUUCGGCGCCGAGGCCCACAUCGCCAAGCGCUUCGUCUACUACUGCAAUGGGAACCUCGAGGAAUGGGCCUCGGCAUGGUUCACUAUGGCCUUCUACAUCGACGGAGCGUCCUACUACAACUCGUGCGGCGCCGAGCACUACGGCCGCUUCCCUCUCUCCGUCGACGGCGGCGUCCCUCCCCUUGUCUACCUUAUCGACUGGCUCUACAAGACCAGCGACGGCGGCAUCGACACAGACAGCUGGCGCCUCAACGCGGGGCACUGGGACGCGACGUCCAAAGCAGUCGCGCUCACGUCUGUGCUCGUGCUCGCCGCCGCUGUGGCCUGCGUCGCGCUCUGGGCCGCCGUGCGCAAGCGUUUCCCCGCAGUCUACUCCCCCCGAACAUGGUUCCUGUCACCCUCCCGGCUGCCGGCCGUGACAAACUUUGCGUUCGCACCCUUCCUCGCCCUCCCGUCACUCGCGUCACCCACGUCUGACACACACCUCGUCACGCAUGUGCUCUCGUCGGCGCUCGGCGUGGCGUCUAUCGCGACCGUCCUCGGACUCGCCAUCACCCUCCUUCUUUCUGUCGCGGGCGUGCCCCACCUCAGCUCCACGGCCCCGCCAAACCUCCACGGCGGGCGCCUCAAUUCUCUGAUGGACCUCAGUUUGAUCCGCCUCCUCGAUGCGCUCAGGCCCAGCCCCGCAGCGGGGUCGCCCUCGACCUCCCAUGCCGCUGCUCGUGGCCUCGCUCGCCUUGCCCGCGCCCUCGUGCCCGGGUCUGGCCUGGUGAGCCUGGUGCACAGAGAUACUGGCAACGGCACGCCCGUCACCAAGUCGGCCAGAACUAGGCUCAUCGUCCUAUGCGUGCUCACUGCUGUGCUCUGGGUCGGUGGGACGCUGUUUAUCGUCUCCAGAGCGUAUGCCCGUCUCGCUGAAUACCGCACUACUGUGGAAGAGGCCAGCGCCAGCCAGGAUAUCGUGUUCUUGUCGGCGGCCAACGCCCCGGGUCUGGCCCACUUGACAGAGUCAAGUAUUGAGAGACGCCUCCAGGACCUGCUGCCGGUCCACGAACGAGGCCCAAGUGUGGUUGGGGUCUUCUCCAUUGGCAACACCACCACGACCAAGGGGCUCGUCAGCGAGCGCCAGAGCAUCCUCGAGGUGCUGGAAAGAGCUGAAGCCAACUACAUCAGCUCAUUCCCAUACAUGCCAACCCCAGGGUCGCAAAAUUCUGGAAUGACACCGAGGAGAUCGCUCCAGCGCUCGACGCCAGGCCACAACUCCGUCAGCUCGAGAAACUCGUUAUCCCAGUCCUGGGCACGGGCACAGUUUCCCGACGCACCGGAAUCGUCAAUCGCGACAGACGCAAGGGGCUCGGCGUUCCUCGAGGUCACGCAGCGGAGAAGCGUGACCUUUGAGCAUGGUCGAUUUUCCGUCGGUCAGCGUGUCGUCCAGGACCACGACGGAACAUUUGUUCCUGCGCCCGGAACUGUCGAGGACGAUGCUGGCGAUGCCGACACUUUCGAGACGUACCCUGCACAAGGGUCGCAGGACGCCUUAGACACACGGCACCAGUCGUUCGAGGCUGAUGCCCUCUCUGUUCCGACGUCGUCUCUGCCUCCGCUGGAGCUCGCCAGACUCCGUGGCGACGUUGUGUGGAGCCGUAUCCGCAUCACCAAGCUCACGACACAGAUUGGCGCCGCACAGCGCCAAGCCAUGUCGAGUUUAGCAAGGGGUGAGGGCGCAAUCGGCUGGAUCAUUGUGGGCCGCGGCCUCAAGAGCAUCCCUUACGCCGAGGUUAUCGAGGGGCGGGCCAAGGAGGACAUUCAAUGGGGAAACCUUGGCCAGUCGAGAAGCGAGAAGGGGUUCUGGCUCAAGACGACGGCUGUUUCUCUUGGCGUUGCAUUCCUUUUGAUACCAUUCUCAUCGUUAUCGCUUGCCGCCGCUCCAGGAUUCGCCGACUAUCUCGGCUUCCUGGGCAGCCUCUCCCACAGAAAUGAUGUCGGCGCCGGCUUGGCCCAGACGCUGGCCCCUGCCCUUGUCGUACUCAUUUUCUUUGGCGUGGCCAUGGGCGUCAUCAAUCGCCUUGCCGUCGAGCUCCAACUCGCAUCGUAUACCCGCCAGACAGCGCUGGCGCUCAAGGGCUCCGUCUACUUAAUAUCCAUUGUUGGCGGCCUGUGGCUAAUCGUCAACAACACGUUCAAAUAUCCCCUGCAGGCUUAUGCUACGCACUCGGGCGUGGGCAGGUCCCUUGCCGACGGCCUUGUCUUCUCUGUCAACUACCCCCCGGACUUCAGCCCCGCGAUCACACUCGCUCCAGUCAUCGCCGCGUUCAUCUUCUCCCAGACACUGGCCGGGCUAUUCCCGCUGCUUGUAAUCCCGGCGCUAGUCGUCGCGUAUUUUGCACUUGUAGUGCACCACCGGCUCACGACCAAAGUAUACUGCCUGACCCGGGGCGGCGUGUCGGACGGCACGACCGCUCUGUGGCUGGUCCGUCGCCUCGGCUGGACCGUGGUUUUCCCUCCUCUUCUUUUUGGGCUCGUGGUUCUCUCAAGGAAAGAAUGGGGCAUCGGUGCCGCCAGCAUCGGUGUCGCCUGCGUAGCGCUGGUAGCUUCCGAAUACCUAACAAUAGGCCGGCACCCGUCGCCCAAGCCGACUCUGGUGUCUUCGCCCGACUUUGGCCCUCAAAACACGUACACCGCGGUCCCUCGUCACCAACGCCAGCCAAGCGCCAAGCUGUCGACUCUUGCCCCGGGUUCGUCCCUCACCGCUACUGAGCAAGGGAACGCGCGUGGGCUCUUGCCUGGCCUCUCACGCCUGGCAUGGGACAACCCGCUGCCGUUCCCGACCGAGGCCAUUGACGACAUGGGUCAAGUCCACGCUGCGCACCACGUGUCCGUCAUUGUCUCGCCUGACGACUCGUCUCGCGGCCUGCUCCACCCGCCCGAGCUGCUCGUUGGCAGCCCAGACGUCUGGCUCCCGUCCGACGAGCACGGCGUCGCCGAACGCGAGGUCGAGAGUCUCGCCGCCGCUGGCCUCGGGGCGAUCAUCGAUCCCGACAACGGGUACGAGCGUGCACCAGACCCAGCGACGACAAUAGCUGUGUUGCACGAGGCCGACGUGGACGCGUACGCCUUCCUGGAUCGCCUCAUCGGCGCCCAUGGACGCGAGGACGGCGACAUUGUUCCGUGGACAAUAGACAACAAGUACUACACGGCGGACGUCACGUUCGCGGUGUACACCCUGCCGGGCGGCGUGCCGCCCGCCACGGUCCUGAUGUAUCUCUUCGAGGGCGGGGCGCCCGACCCGAUCCCGGCGGCACUGACGCGCGCGGCGCUGGCGGACCCGCCGCCUGAUAUUGCGCUGGCUGUGCGGGUGAAGGAAGCGGAAGCGGAGGAGAAGGAGGAGGGCGACAAGGAAGCGGAGACGCUCCCAGAAGCGACGCCGGCACGCCCGUGGGACCCCGUCGGAGACGAGGACCGCUUUGACGAGCUCGGCAUCGAGGUGGUAGACGAGGGCGGCCGCGCCGACGAGGACGACGAGCGGCCCCUCGACCCCCUCGAGGUCAUCCGCCAGACGCUCAUGACGCACAUGUGGCCCAACAUGGAGCGCAAGGCUGGCCGGCGGGCGCUGCCGCGCCCCGAGCUGCUCGAGGACGGGAGCGACGAGGAGGGGAAUACGGGCUUUCCUGUCGUCUUUGGAGGGGCGGGGGCUGAGGCACCGCGGCCUGCUGGGCCUGCUAGCGACUUUCCGCCGCUCGAGCGCGAGGUCGGGGAGAACGGACAGGAGCCAGGCUAUUAUGCCCAGAUGCUCGACGACGACGACGACGACGAAGACUUUGGCGGGUUCGCGUCGGCGCCCGCGCCCUCGGCGGCAGAGUACUCGCGCCUCGACCGCUGGCUCGAUGCCGAGGAAGACGACCUGCCGCCGCCGACGAGCGAGGACGUGGACUUUGACGACCUGAGCUCUCAUCCUGGCGUGGCAAGGCUGCACGCGUUCCAAGCGCCGGAAAGCGACGAGGAGGACGGCGGGUUCGAAGACGACUUUGCCGCGCGCGGCGCGCCAGCCGCGAUCCCGCUCGACCCCACGCCACUGCUGCUCCAUUUGCAGCAGGUGCGCGCCGAGCUCGGGCAGGUGGCCGACGAGGACGAGCGUCGGACCCGCGCAGCGCGCGAGGUCACGCGCCUCAUGCAGAGCCUUGGGCUCGGCGGCGCGGCGUUCGACUUUGAUGACGACGAGGACGAGGGGGACGAAGAUCCCGGCGAGAUCGCUGACAUUCGGCCGUAGUGGCGUACAUAGACUGUGUAUGGACUAGGGAAAGAAGG